UGUGCUGACCGGACCCGCAGUUCGUAAUACAUUAUGCGAGCUGCGUGUGAAUAGAACUUAAUUUAGAAGCGAAAGUGGAAACAUUUAUGUCGAAAAAGCAAUGUUCCGCAUUCGAAAGUGGUAUUUGUACAAACACAGUACUGGUUCACCGGCCGAUUUGUCCAAUAGGUAGCGAGAAAAUGCAGUUAAUCAAAUCAACUGUCUACCUAACACUGUUUAUUAUUAGCGUUGAAAUGUUGGGAUGGAACAAAAGCAAAGUGCAAUCACCGUGUAGUAAAAAUAGCAAUAAAUUGCUAUCCAUAUUGAAUAUACUGUGCAAUAACACACAGACGACAUCGAUUCAACAGCGAGAUGCAUGCUAUGGAUGUUUUUUUCGAGCAGGAAAUCUACCACCGGGUAACGUACAGUUGGUGUCAUUGAGUCAGUGCGCCACAAUUUACUUAAACAACACCACAUAUCAACAGUGUGCUGCACAAUUACAGAAUGUUGUUAACGGCUUCCGACCGACACCCGUUUCCUCAACAACUAUAUGCUACACCGGCUAUUGCGAAUUCGUACGUUGCAUUCGGAUGAUCAAUGCAAAUAAUCUGAUCGAUAGCUGUUUUAUGCUCAAUUUAGUCAACCGUGACUUUACGAAUCCCGUAUCACGACAAGCGUUCUACACAAACACGACCAGUUGCAUAUUGGCGAGAGCACGUUGUAAUGCUUACAACCCUAUUACUGGCGAACUACAGCAGCAACAACGUUUCUCGUCACAGAAUUAUUUAUUCAAUUCGUUGCAAGUGGCACCGAAUGGCGAUUUGCGCAUCGUUUCAUUUCCAGGUACAACUGGGGUUGCAGAAUUCUUUUGUUCGACACGAUCGUCAUUGGAACAGGCUACAUAUGGUGAUGCGGUUUGUUAAAUAAAUAUUAUUUGUU